GCCGCAACUACUCAGUCAAGCACGCUUUAUCAACAUGCCGCGCAUAGGUGUUUUGCUUGGCUUUAGGGAUGUCGCGGCUUUUACGCUCCCACUCCUUUUACUCGUUGCUGCCGGACCGGACCCGAGCCCGCUUUCAUUUUGUGCAAAGAAUCUUGGUGCACUACCUCGGGAAGACCGAAAAGCUUUGCGAGGUUCGACGCAGGCUGUUCAGGCCCUAGCAUCGCACAUUGCCCUAGCCAAGCUUAGACCAUCGAGCAACCAGACACGCUUGAAACAUUUAGAAGCAUGGCUGGCAGCCAAUACGAGUCAAGCGGCUAGGCUUGACGGGUCAGGAAUCGGACCAGCAUGCCUUGGGCAUCGCCGGCAGGCUUCCGCGUACCUUGAACGGCCCGUAUUUUCAAUCUUACUGGAGUAUUUUAAAAGGCCAUGGGCCAUCGGCCGCAUGACCUCCACCCUGCAGGCCGCCUGCCAGGGCGCCGGGCUGCCCUGCGAGCUGGUGGUCAACGCGGACAACCCGCACGAGGCGGACGCAUGGGCGGCGGCGGCGGCGGAGAGCGGCGGCUUCCUGGUGCCCGUCUUCUCAGCCAACGUGCACGAGGCGCGCGGGACGACCAGAUCGCGCCCGCCUCCAGCGCCUGGCUGCACGACCUGCUGGCGCUCUUCCGCGCCUGGCCGCAGCUGGCCAUCGUGGGCAUGAACACCUACCGCCUCUGCAAGCACGCGGAGCCCACCAACCGCUUCGGCUUCACCAGCUGGGAACCCGACCCGCGCACGGGAGUGAAGUGGUCGUUUGUGCAGAACGUCGACUUUGCGCCGCUGGUGGUCCGCUCCUCCGCCUGGGCGGCCCUGGGCGGACUGGAGGAGAGCUUCUCGCGCCCCGGCGACUGCGGCAUCUGGGGCGACUGGGAGCUGUGCACGCGCGCCUGGCUGGACGGCUGGCAGGUGGGCUUCCUGCACCUGGACGGGCGCAGCGGGGACGGCCAUGCGGGCGGCACCCACACCGCCUCCAACGCGGAGAGGUGCUGGGGGCGGCAGCAGUACACGGCGUCGGCGUGCUUUGGAAAGAGGUACGAGGUGGCUGCGUUCCAGGAGGAGCUGUGCGGGCGGGUGUGGCGGCUCAACGUGGACAGCUUCCGGCUGCCCGAGGGGGCGGAGUGCCCGUACAACACGAGGGACACGAGGUACGGCAACUGCAGCCGACCCGCGAUCUGAGGGGGGCAGGAGGGUAGGCGCGACGAAGGGACGCGUGCCGUAUGUGUUGUUGUGUAUGUACGUGAGGCGGCGUGACUGAGAGUACUCGAUACUGAGAUGUGUGACCACCGCGUGUAUCGGGCGUUCGUUUGCGGGCCCUGUGGGGGCUGUGUGUAUUGGCGUACACAUGCACACGUAGGUUUGCCGUAGCAGGUAGCACGUGAUCAGGGUUGGUGGGGGGCUCUCGAGGUGGUUAGCAAGGUAGUUAGGGUGCCGUGAUGCUUCGUAUUCAAGAUCUUGGCACGAAUAGGAUUUAAGGUAUCGGAUUGGUGCAAAGGAGACCCGCAACGCAACGAUUGAGGCUAUCAAGCUGCUUGGGAAAAACGCAUGAGAGCGCGACGUCAUGCCGAGCACCUGACAUACACGUAAUCAUCUUUGUUGGAGGAAGGUGAUGCCGCGGCCAUUAUGCUUUACUAGUGAAAGGAAUAUGUGGGUCGUGCCGGUAGAUGGGUUUGCUGUGUCAUGCAAAGGCAGAGCUCGGACGCAUCAUUAAACAACAAAACACAGCAACUAAACACAGCAUCACCGAAGCUGUUCCUGCACUUUUGACCUGCACAGACUUUGCUGAUGGCACAGCACAAGGCCCCUUGGUCCCUGCCGUAUGCUGUAUGCAUGACAGUCCGAAAGCCAACGGGUUGCCUUCAAAUUGGACAUGACUAACCGUCCGUUUGCCUGUUCGAAACGUCCUGAC